UUGGGGCGGGAGACAUAAAGCAACUUUGGCCCCCUUCUCUCUCUCCCUGCCUCCCUCUGGCGUUGUUGCUUUCUUUCUGCUAAAGAGAAAGAAGAGGAGCUGAUCCUCGAUCCCUCGACCUUCAGAGGAAGAGGAGAAGGCAGGUGUCAAGAAGGAGCCUCUUGUAAGUGCUUCCUCUGAAAGGGACGGGAAUGGGUUAUGUUGGAGCGCAUGGAGUGGUCGCUUUGCAUAGAUACAAGUACAGCGGCGUGGAUCAUUCUUACCUUGCGAAAUACGUACUGCAACCUUUCUGGAGCCGUUGCGUCAACUUCUUUCCGCUAUGGAUGCCGCCUAACAUGAUUACGCUGACUGGAUUUUUGUUCCUUGUGACCUCCGCAUUGCUUGGCUAUAUAUAUUCUCCUCAAUUGGAUUCACCUCCGCCUAGAUGGGUUCAUUUUGCACACGGAUUACUUUUAUUUCUCUACCAGACAUUUGAUGCUGUUGAUGGAAAGCAAGCUCGAAGGACAAAUUCUUCUAGUCCACUUGGGGAGCUUUUUGAUCAUGGAUGCGAUGCACUUGCAUGUGCGUUUGAAGCCUUGGCUUUCGCGAGCACUGCCAUGUGUGGAAGAUACACUUUCUGGUUCUGGGUGAUUUCAGCUGUACCAUUUUACUGUGCUACAUGGGAACACUAUUUUACCAAUACUCUUAUUCUUCCAGCAAUUAAUGGACCAACAGAGGGUCUCAUGAUGAUUUACUUGAGCCAUUUUUUCACGGCUAUUGUUGGUGCUGAGUGGUGGGCCCAACAAUUUGGGAAAUCUAUUCCGCUUAUUGGUUGGGUGCCCUUCCUAAGUGAAGUUCCUACCUAUAAAGCUGUGCUGUAUAUGAUGAUAGCUUUUGCUGUCAUACCCACAGUUACAUUCAACGUCUCAAAUGUUUAUAAGGUAGUUCAGGCAAGGAAAGGAAACAUGUUGCUGGCACUAGCGAUGCUUUACCCUUUUGCUGUUCUCCUGGCAGGAGUGCUCGCAUGGGAUUAUUUGUCCCCAUCAGAUAUAAUGGGUACAUAUCCUCAUUUGGUUGUCGUGGGAACUGGACUUGCAUUUGGGUUCCUUGUGGGAAGGAUGAUUUUGGCCCAUUUGUGCGAUGAGCCCAAGGGUUUAAAAACUAACAUGUGCAUGUCUUUGUUGUACCUUCCUUUUGCCCUUGCCAACGUCCUGACUGCUAAACUGAAUGACGGAGUUCCAUUAGUAGAUGAGUUGUGGGUUCUUCUGGGUUACUGUAUUUUCACAGCGGGGCUCUACUUACAUUUUGCUACAUCCGUUAUACAUGAAAUUACAACAGCCUUGGGAAUCUACUGCUUCAGGAUAACUAGGAAGGAAGCUUAGACUCUUGACGCGGUUGGCCUUUGGAGUUAAAUUUAUUAAUGAGGCGUUCUUUUUUAUUACUGUCAUCUGCCUUGUUGAAAUUAUGCAGCGGAUCAAGAAGUUCCGAUGGAAAAAGUGGAGGAAGUGGCUCAUUGUUUUUGCUCAGUUACAGUUGCGAAGCUGUGGCAUGAGGGUCUAGCUCGACGACGCUCAGGACUAUACUUUUUAAUGAUAGGAUUUGGGGUUUUAGGCAUGUAAAAUAUCCUAAAACAGUGUACUGUAUUGGUUUCUUAUUGAGAGGGGUGUUCGAGCAGAGAGGUUUUUCAGCUUUUUGAUUAGAGGGCCGAGUGAUAUCUAUGAGCAAUUAUUGACUGUUAAGUAUCCCUUAACUGCUAAUUCCCGAUUUUUGCGCAACCAUUUUGUACUAUCGGAAAUACACAUCCAAAGCAUUUAAUAUUAUUAUGUUUUUUCUUCUUCCCA